UCUUUAGCGGAUACGAUUCGUCCAACCGCCACGUUAACGCCGCAGAUCGAGCUGACUGUAAAGAAUACAAAUAUGGCGAAUAGGAUAGCACUAAUAAUUUUUUUAAAUUUAUUUUUUAAAGCCGAAAGUUUAUCAUUUACUCUAUCUGCUAGAAAUAAAAAAUGUUUAAGAGAAGAGGUUCAUAAGGACGUUCUUGUUACUGGUGAAUACCGUUUAUCUGAAGCUCCUAUUAAAACCCAUUUAACGGUGAUUGAUACAAAUGGCCAUGUGUUGUACAAAAAAGAAGAUGCACAAAAAGGAAAAUUUGCAUUCACCUCAGAUGAUUAUGAUAUGUUUGAAGUUUGUUUUCAGAGUGAAGGAACUCAUGGCCAAGGAAUAGAUAGAGAAAUAUUUCUUGACAUCAAGACUGGUGUAGAAGCUAAAAACUAUGACGAUCUACAAAAGACUGAAAAACUAAAACCAAUGGAAUUAGAACUUAAAAAGUUAGAGGAUCUUUCUGAAUCUAUUGUUAAUGAUUUUGCUUACAUGAGGUCAAGAGAAGAACAAAUGAGAGAUACAAACGAAUCUACAAGCGAUCGCGUAUUGUAUUUUAGCAUAUUUUCUAUGUUGUGUUUAAUUGGUCUUGCAAUAUGGCAAAUUUUCUAUUUGCGAAGAUUUUUUAUUGCAAAGAAACUCAUCGACAGCUAAUUACAUAGUAUUCAUUUUAGUGACAAGAAUUUGAAAACGAAAAAUAGAUAGUUUCUUCAAUUUUGGUGAAAUAAAAAAUUUUGGUAUAAAAUUCAUUAGGAAUAUGUAUUUCGCCUCUACUGUAUAUUAUAAUAAAUAUUCCAAUGUUUUUGACAA